AAUCAGUGAACUCGAGGUGUAAACAAAAAUCUACGUUUUGCGUUGAAGCGUGUUUUUCUAAAUUUAAUUGUGUUUUUUGGAUAAUUGCUUGGUUUUAGUUUUAUAAAACGAAUAUCAGUUACUUUAAUUGAGAUCGUUGAUUAAAGGGGGUAUAAUAAAGGAUUGCCGAUUCAUUUUUAAAGUAUACCUCAUCAAGGAUCUAUUUAACUAUGCAUCAUCUUGGAGCAAUAAAAUUAGCUCAAAAGCAAAAGGAAGCAAAGCUUGCAGCAGCUUUUCCAAAAGGCAUCCAGUGUCAAAAAUGCCUAGAGUUUGGCCAUUGGAGCUACGAAUGCAAAGGCAAGCGGAAGUAUGUUCAUCGGUCCUCCCGGACACAAGUGCUGAAGAAAAACCUAAACAAGAUGGAGAACAAAGGAACCGUCACCAGCAGUAAACCAGAAUCUGCUAAAAAAGAUGAAAAACCAAUAAAGUCAUCCUCCGACAGUUCGAGUGAUAGCAGUUCUACCUCUGGAUCUUCUUCGGAUUCAGAUACAAGUGACAGUGAGAGUAGUUCGAGCAGCAGCAGUAGCAGUGGUGAUAGUAGUAGUUCCAGUGAUAGCGAAUCAGACUCAUCGAGUUCCUCGAAUUCUGAUGCUAAGGAAAAACAGAAGAAACGUAUAAAAAAGUGAUUUUUUAUAGUAAGUACUACUAUCAACGUUGUACCAUGCUGUAACUGGCCAACAAUGCAUGUCCAUUUAAUACCUUUUACAUCGUAAUUAUUAAUUAUUUUGCGCAAAUAAAGAACAUAAAAACGCCACAUAGUUAGU